UUGACAUUAACGUGUUGCUCUUUGAAAGGGGAUUGUCUGUUUUUGCGAAGAAUCGCCGCAGUGCAAAGUAACGAGAUAUCUAUAAAUAACACGAUACGUUAUCAACGUUCGUUUACACCAGAGCGAGUCUUGGCUAUUUAAUCUAAUCGCCACGCCUCUACAUUUAAUUAAUAACAGAAAUUAAUGAAUACGUCACUCAGUUCCUCUUUGAAUGCGGUAGCGGAAGAUCGUUUAUGAAAUUUUGUGAAUUCUGUGUGUGUUUAAAGUUAAUUUUGCAUUAAGAUUCGCACCUUGGCCCCGAAGUUAUACCGGUUGAUUGGAAAGGCCAUAGAUUAUAAGUGUAACCUAACUUUUUAAGAGAAAUCAGUGAACUUUUUGCGAUGUCCGUCUUAAACAACUUUACGGUGUCCGUUGCGAAGGGAUUACGACGUCUAAGACAGAAGCAGGAGCUUCGCGAGGUGGUCCCCAAUGCUUCCAGGAGGAAAGGGAACACAGCUGUGCCGGAGGAGACCAAGCUGAACAUGGAGAAAUGCCUCAUCGUGUCCAAAGUUACCAGAUACGAAUACGAAAGACACAGCCACGAGCACCUAUCAGAAUGUGAGUUAGAGAGGGUGCUCAGGAAACGAGGGUCUGACUACGACUCCAUGCUGAAGAUACAUAAGCAACAGAAGGCGUUUGAGGAGAACGUGGCCAAGAGUCUCAGAGACAUGGGACUUAAAGUGGAGAUGGCUAGCAGAUUAACAUACAACGAUGAUAUAAUAAACUGGUGCGACGUGGUGGUGCCGUGUGGUGGGGAUGGCACCUUCCUUCUAGCUGCUUCUAGAGUCAGAGACGCUAAUAAACCAGUGAUAGGCUUCAACAGUUCGCCGCAGAAGUCGGUGGGACGGCUCUGCUUACCCACCUGGUGCUCCAACGACGUGAAGGGUGCGUUCCAGGCGAUCAAAGAGGGCAGGUUCAGAUGGAUGCGCCGCUCCAGGAUACGCACGACGGUCACCUCGGAGCCGCAGCUGCUGGAGACCAUCACUCCGGUAGACCUGCACACGCUGCAUUACUGCAGAUACCCCCCAGUGCAGAACACGCACGAGAUGGUGGACGCGUACAACAUGAACUCGCGCCAGGUGGCCACCACCGCCAGGGACGCGCCCGUCAGCCCCACGCUCGCCACUAAAGUGUUACCAUUCUUGGCGCUGAAUGAGGUAAGGAUAUUGUAUUACAACAUGAACUCGCGCCAGGUGGCCACCACCGCCAGGGACGCGCCCGUCAGCCCCACGCUCGCCACUAAAGUGUUACCAUUCUUGGCGCUGAAUGAGGUAUUCAUAGGCGAGAGCGUGACAUCCCGCGUGUCUCUACUCCGGCUGCAGAUCGACAACGGCGCCUGGUCCCACACCAAGUCCUCGGGGCUCUGCGUCACCACCGGCACUGGCAGCACCUCCUGGCACUUCAGUAUAAACUGUCUCCGCACGCAAUCGGUGCAGGAGCUGAUGAAGAUUCUCCACGAGGAGUACAAGGUUCCCUUGGACACGGCGAUGGAGAAGGCGCGCGAGGUCACUGAGAAAUAUAACCAGAAACUCAUGUUCGCUGCAGAUUCCGACCAGCUAGCGUAUUCGGUGCGCGAGUACAUUACGUUCGAGGAGUGGCCGACUCCGCGCGGACUCAAAGUGCGCGACAAGGCAAGCUCUGUCAAAGUCAAGUCGCAUUGCACUGAUGCUGGUCUAGUAAUCGACGGCAGUGUCUCGUUCCCCUUCAACGAUGGAACAGAAGCCAUAUUAGAAAUUCACCCCGAAGACUCACUAAUGACGGUACAGAUGGACGAAAAACGACCAUAACAACGACAACUUAAAGUCUAGUUUAGAAUGAAUUUGUCAAUGGCUUAGUGACUUAGCCGAUAAAGUCUAGUAGAAUGACAGAAUUCGAUUAGAAUUGUGCCCUUGUACUACAAACUAGCUGCUUUAGCGCGGUUUCGCCCGCUGCUCGGCUCCUAUUGAUCGUAGCGUGAUGUUUUAUAGCCUAUAGCCUUCCUCGAUAAAUGGACUAUCCAACACAAAAAUAAUUAUACAAUUCCGACCAGUAGUUCCGGAGAUUGGCGCGUUCAAAGAAACAGACUCUUCUCUUUUAUUUCUUGGUAUAUAGAUUGAUUUUGUCUGUCUGUCUGUCUGGUAGAUUUAAAUUGUAAU